CAAAGUCCCCAAUUGAACUGGUUGCCCCUGCUGAUCAGACCCGACGCGCCAACCGAGUCGCUCAUUUGCGCCGCCCCUCCCUCCUCCGAGGCUCCGACCGAGAAGACAACGACGUCGCCCCCCUCCCCCUCUCCUGCGCCAUCCCCGUCGCCGCCCGCUUAUUCCGCAAACACCGCGGCUGUCCCCUUGCUCCGCCUCCUCCUCCAGCCGAGCCGCCCGUUGGAAACACUGCCUCCGUCCCCUUCAAGUGCCCGAGGAACAAUCCCAAGGUGCAGAUCUUUCAUGUGGAGGGAUGAAUAUGAGGAGGCCUACAUCUGCUUCAAUGAAUGGCAGAGCUCCUGCCCCUUUUUCGAAAAAAAUAAAGAAUAUGAGGCCUACAUGUGCGAAAUUGGAGCAGUGACUGUGGCAGUGGGCAGCAACAGAAGUUGCGGUGCAAUUCGUGAUAUGUUGGACGCCACAUUGCAGCUGAAGUCGGAGGUGGAUGGGAUGAAGGAUCGCAGGCUGGCGGGGAUGCCGGUGCGCCAUGGUCGUCGUGGGUCGCUGUUGCCGUCGAAGGAGACAGGAGCGAGAAGAUGAGACCGAUUCUGGGAGUUGUCUUCGGGACUGGGUUGGGCAAAAUGGUCAGUUCAGUUCAGGAUGAAGGGCUUAGUGGUGAGAAAACAUUAGAAUAAUAGUAAGGUGGCAUAAACCGAAUUGGCUCUCCUUUGGAGUGGCACUUACUCAAUUCCAUUCUUUCGAGUGGCAUUUCCUUAAUCGCCAUCUUUUCGAGUAGUAUAUUCUAAAUUUUCUCGAUAUAUUAGUGUGCCUCUUGUAGAAGCAUACAGAUGCUUGCUGGACAAUGGACAUGUGCCUUCAUCUCUCAUUGCAUGUCAACAGGAUGUUCUUGCACCAACAAGACCCUCAUUAGCAUUUGCAGCUUCAGAAUAAGGAGAGCAGGAUAGCAGAAUGGAGGAUCAGGAUAAAUCAGAUGGGUGGGAUGAGGUCCUGGAAGAAGCUGAUGAGUUGGCGUGUGUGCACAAAGAUCCUCUUAGCACCUCAUUGCUUUCUUCUGGAACAAAAAGAAGGAGCAAAAGUGAAAAGAAGCCUACAUUCUCAAUACGUGGAUAUGGUUUUGUUGCGUUAGAUGUUAAGACUGAAAACUCAUGCCUUGGGGAGCAAGAAGGUACAUCUGGAGUGCCACCAACUAAAGCUUCAGAAACUAUGGUGGCUGAACGGUUGGAAAAUAUCGAGGAAGAAACUGAAGAUUUGCCACAAGAGUUUGUCAUUCCAACCAAGAAAGCAAAUACUUCGGUUUCAGAACUUCUAGAAGAUCUACAGGGUAGAAGUGGCUCUUCUGUCAGGACACAAUCUUCGUUGAACCAACACACACCAAAUAUUGGAAUUAGGGAGCAAGAAGCUUCAUCUGGAGCACCAUCAACUAAAGCUUCGCAAACUUUGAAGGCUGAACUGUUGGGAAAUAUCAAGGACGAAACUGAAGAUCCGACAUCAGAGUUUGCCCGUCCGACCAAGAAAGCAAAUAUUUCAGUUGCUGAACUUUUAGAAGACCUACAGGGUAGAAGUGACUCUUCUAUCGGGACAGCAUCUUUGUUGCACCAGCACAUCAGAGCUAAAGAUUGGAAGCCAAAACCCCCUGCUUCUGGGAAGAAAACACUAGCUAUUCUAGGUGAGAGAAGUCUUGUCAGUGAGGACCCAUUGGAGCAUGUAAUUGAUGGAUCAUCUAGUGAGGAGGAAGAGGUUAUUCAAAACUACUUGACUUUGGUGAACAAAGAUGUGAAGCGGCAAACUAUGACUGACCUAUUCCAAGAAGUUUUCAAUCCAAUAAACAUGGAGGGUACCAUGCUACCAAUGAGAUCAACUGGAGUUGGUUAUUAUGGAAGGAUGCAACAGAUUAUGCAGAUGGAGAAAGAUAGGCACGCCGAGUUCUUGAAACAGUAUAAUAGAGGACAAGGUGAUUCAAAGGGAAUUACUGUUCAGAUUAUGUCAAGAUCAUUGGAGGGGAAGCUAACAGUCUGCCGCUGCUUGUUCCAGGAAAUGAGUAAUCAUUUUGCGGCACCCAUGUUUUCAUGGCACUUGUGUUUCAUGCAGUUUACCUCAACAGACCACACCAUGUAUGAAAGCGGAACUAAGAGGACCAUUAUCUUCAGUCCAAAGAUAUGUGAUAAUGUCGAUCUUCUGGUAGGAAACAUAAUUCACAUCUUCCCACCAUGGAAGGAAGUUGGAGUACAAGACGAGAACGUGAUUCUUUGCACCUACUUCUCGCAUAAUGGGCCAUGAUACUCGAGAUUCUUCUAGCAUGCGAGCCGAGGGUCAGACUGCAACGUUAACCGUGACUGAUGCCAUGGCGCCUCGCCAAUAAAACUGCACGCCUGCUGAUAGCUUAGAACUCUAGAUGUUGAUGUACUAGUAGCAAUUUGUAUCCCUGUGUAUUUACAACCUGAUUUGGUUGAGCAGUUGAUCCCUGCUGCAACAGCAAUUGCAAGCAUGUAGAACAUUUUCAGCUCAUGGAGAUUUGAGGCUUCAUAUCAAUGCCGAUUUCGACAUAGUAACCCAGA